AUGUACCAAGUAAUGGUUCACGGAGUUGGAGGUGCCUACAUUCAAGAUGAUGUCUGCCAAAGAAGAUUUCCUGAUGGACCAUGGGAUAUGCUAAUGAACACGCAUCUUGGUAAUGUAAUUAUCCAAUUGCCGCUUUCUGAUCUGCAAACAGGGGAACAUACACGCUGGCAGAAUUCAUUUCUCGCUGGGAAGAACGCGAUAAAGAUUAUCUCGGAAAACUGCUGCCAGGAUCUGAAACAUCCAGAUGACAUCGCCUUGAUCUUAUACGCCUAA